AGCACAGUCCUAGAUUGCACCUCGGGGAGCGAGGAGGACUUUGGUGCAGCUUUCAGUCGCAAGAUUCUUUCUAUUAUCAGUCCGUGCUCAGUCUUCCAAGGGAAUACAUCAGUUCCUCGACUCUCCUUGCCGUUUGGGUUUAAGGCAGAAAUCCAGGAGACACCAUGGGAGGCAAGCUGAGCAAGAGAAAGAAGGGGUAUGAUGUCAGCGACCCAAAAGACAAGAAGGAGGAGAUUACUGUGGCUGCUGUGAGUGCCGUUGAGGCCAUGGCCCAUGCCGUGGAGAGCAAAGCACCAGCUCCGGUCGCUGAGUUGGUAGCGAAGGAUGCUCCUAAGGUGUCUGCUGCGGUAGAGGGAGCAGUGGAGUUGGCAGCGGUAACCAUCACAGAAGCGACAGAAGAGGCCCUGUCAGCUAUAGAGGAUGUGGCCAAGGGGGCCACCGCAGAGCCAGCGGCUGUACUAGAUGAACCUGUGGCAGAACCGGCAGAACCAGCGCCAACAGCAGAAGAGCCCGUGGCUUCAGAUGAACCAGCUGCAGCACCGGAAGAACCUGCAGCCCCAGAAGAGCCAGUGUUGACACCGGAAGAAUCUGCAGGAGUAGCAGAGGAACCAGCUGCAGCUCCAGAAGAGCCAGUGUCAGCACUGGAAGAACCUGCUGCAGCUGAGGAACCAGCAGCAUCACCAGAGGACCCUGUAACAGCACCAGAAGAACCAGCGGCACUAGACGAAACAGCAGCUGCACCAAAAGAGCCUACAGUGGAAGAGCCUGUACCAGAAGAGCCUGCGGCAGCACCAAAGGAACCUGCACCAGAAGAGCCUGCGGCAGCACCAAAAGAGCCUGCAGUGGAAGAGCCUGUGGCAGCACCAAAAGAGCAUGCACCAGGAGAGCCUGCGGCAGCACCAACAGAGCCUGCACCAGAAAAGCCUGAGGCAGCACCAAAAGAGCCUGCACCAGAAGAGCCUGCGGCAGCCUCUGUGGGCCUAGACGCAGCACCAGAAAAGGAUUCUGAGGCUACAGAACAAGCCACAGAGGUGGCAGACACUACAGAACCUGAGCCUGCUGCUCCAGAGCCUGAAACAGAGACUGUUACAGGAGAGGCCCCAGAACCUGAGGCUGUGCCCGAUGCACCAGUAGAGGCAGAAGCAGCUUCACCCGCACUGGAGGAGGAGCCUACAUCAGUUGCAGAAGUUGUGUCAGAGUCAGCCACAGAGGCAGCCGCAGAGCCAGAGGCAGCCGCAGAACCAGAAUCCGUCCCAGAACCAGCCGCUAAAGAGCUCCCCCUACCUGUAGAAGAAUCCGUAGCAGAGCUUGAACCUGAAGCUGCUGAUGCAGUAACAGAGGCAGCAGAGUCAGAGGCUGCCGACAUUGCAGAAUUCAUCCCGGAGAUCAUAAUUUCAGAAUCUGCUGCACCUGCUGCUGCAGAGGAGGCCAGCGCUGGGCCACAGGAGGCUGUGCUGGACAACAGGGAAGUUGUUUCCGCAGAGGAGGCUACUGCUGAGCCUUCUGCCCCUGAGGUCAAUGGGGAGUGUCAGGAGCAGGCAGCCGAGCCGGCUGCCGUGUCUGCCCCGGAGCGACAACAAAAGGAAUGUGUCAAUGGCAUUGACAAGCCAGAGGAUGCCGUUGAGGGGCAAAUUGACUGUGAAUUAAAAAAGGACUUGAACCUGACUGGCGACAUCCAUAUUCCUGAGGCAAUCGGUGAGGCAAUAAGUCAGGCUGUUGACUUGGUCUGAAGCUAAUAUAAAUGUGUCCCUAAAGUCCCUAAUGAUCCGAAAAAACCUCCAACACAAGCUUCUGAAGAUAAAUAGAAAAAUGUCUGUUAUGGCAAAAGGAGUUUCCGGUUAACUAAAAGGAAAUACAACCACUCAAGUGUAGAGGGGGGGAGUGAGGUACAUGUGAAGGAAGAGAUGUAAGACAUGGUUGCAGUGUUGAGUCUUUGUGCCCCACACGUCAUUGCAUAGGGGCAGCCUGUGUUUGCAGCAUUUGUGGUGAGAUGACAGCCAGCCAACAUUUGAGGGAUGAGUAUAGUAAAACAAACAACAACAAAAAAACUGGACAACAGAGAAAAAAACGUGACAUUGACAUUGGAAAUUUUGAAUGGAAUGAGUAGUCUUGUCUUUGUGUGUGAGCCUGAUGAUUAUUAUUUUAAAAAAUAUAUAUCGGAAUAGCAUUCAAUAGUGAUCUAACUUAGACUUUCACAUAUCCUUUCCUUAAUUAACUACAUGACAAAAUAAUGGAUGAAAAGUUUUGGCCUUUUAUAAUGGUGCAAACAGUAAGGAAUAUUCAUUGAUGGCUUAGAAUGGAGAAUAAAAAAAGACUGUUGUA